AAUGUGUAUUUCGGCAGUCCGGGUUCUUUUGGGAUUACUUUUCUGUGCCCGGUCGCAGUGCUCGGAGUGUCCCGGCGGCUGCGAGUGUUUCGCCGUCACACGCGCCGUGAAAUGCGUCUCCAAGGACCUCCGGACGGUGCCGGCAAUUUUUCCAGGAUACGCAAAGACCGUCGUCAUCACGGGGAACGCCAUCGACAAGAUCGGGCCUGAUUCUUUUAAAGGGCUGGGGAACGUUUCCGAUGUGGUUUUGAGCAAUAACGGGUUGACAAAAAUGGCAUCCCGCAGUUUCUCCGCCCUCACCAACCUGCGCCUCCUGGACCUCAGCGGCAAUCAGUUCUCAAUCAUCCACCCGGAAGCUCUCAACAUCCCCGGCAGUCCCCUGCAGGAGCUCAACCUGAGCCGCUCGCUCUACAACUUCACCGCCGUGACGGACCUCACCACGGCUCUGCGCUGGGGGGACCUCCGGGGACUGCUCCGUCUGGACCUCUCGGGGAAUCGACUCGCUCUGCUUCCCCUGGGGAUGUUCUCCCACCUGCUCAGUCUGCAGCAGCUCUUCCUCGGUAACAACUCCCUGGUGGCGGUCUACGGCGGAACCUUCUCCGGCAUGAACAACUUGGAGGUGCUGGACUUGACGCACAACGCCUUCAGGACGUUCGAGACUGACCAGCUCAAAGAGCUGGACAAGCUCGGGAACAUCCGAAUCCUUCUGGGUAACAAUCCGUACUCCUGCUCCUGUGAGAUCCAGAGUUUUGUGGCUUGGUUGAAUAAUUCGCGAGUUCAGGUAGACGUGGAUUCCGUGCGGUGCGCCUCGCCAAAGCAUUUAACCGACGCCCGGCUUCGAGGUCUUGGCUUCAGGGCCCUCGGGUGCAUCGUUCCCAUCCAUCCAGAGAUUACCGACCUCAGCCUUCAGACGUCCUACGUCUUCCUCGGGCUCGUGCUGGGGUUCGUGGGCAUGGUCUUCCUCUUCGUGCUCUACCUGAACCGCAAAGGCAUGACGAGGUGGAUUACGGAAAUGAGAGACGCCUGCCGUGACGUCAUGGAGGGAUACCAUUAUCGCUACGAGAUUGACUCGGACCCGCGCUUGGGGAACAUCUCGGCUAAAAACGGAGUUAGCGGCGCACGUCGGCAUUUCGGGGCGUCUCUGUCGCAGCAGCCGCCGAAUGACACUUGUAUUGUUACCGAAGAAGCGCAGGUCAAACCUCUCAAAUAUUCUUCUGAAGCUAGAAAUGUCUUGUAGAUUUGACUAGUUUACUGCCAGUAGCUUUAGAGUUGAUCUCCGUCUCUGAGCUUGUGCAUGUCCUGCAGAUGAACAAAAUAAACAAACCCGACCUUCACGUUGCCUUUUGUGCGUGGGCGGCACUGACUGGAAGGUUUUUUUUGUUUUUUUUCGGUGCAGUUACCUGACAUUUUUAAUUUUUUAGGAAUAAAGAUGAUGAGCCACGCAAUGAAGUUAUGGGAAAGAGUAGUGGAGGCUAGACUCAGGACGGAAGUAAGUAUUUGCCAGCAACAGUAUGGUUUCAUGCCUAGAAAGAGUACCACAGAUGCAUUAUUUGCCUUGAGGAUGCUCGUGGAAAAGUACAGAGAAGGUCAGAAGAAGCUACAUUGUGUAUUUGUAGAUCUAGAGAAAGCCCAUGACAGAGUACCAAGAAAGGAACUGUGGUACUGCGUGUGCAAGUCCAGAAAUAUGUAGAAAUAUGCUAGAAUAGUACAGGGCAUGUAUGAGGGCAGCAGAACAGCGCUGAGAUGUCCCGUCGGUGUGUCAGAAGAAUUUAAGGUGGAGGUGGGACUGCAUCAGGAGAUCCGCUCUGAGCCCCUUCCUGUUUGCGGUAGUAAUGACUAGGCUGACAGACAAGGUUAGACUGGAAUCCUCUUGGACCAUGAUGUCCGGAGAUGAUAUUGUGAUCUGCAGUGAAAGCAGGGAGCAGGCGGAGGAACAAUUAGAAAGAUGGAGGCACACACUGGAAAGGAGAGGAAUGAAGAUGAGCCGAAGUAAAACAGAAUAUAUGUGCAUGAAUGAGAGGGGCGGAGGAGGAAGAGUGAGGCUCCAGGGAGGGUGGACGACUUCAAAUACUCGGGGUCAACAAUACAGAGCAACGGUGAGUGUGGUGAGGAAGUGAAGAAACGGGUCCAAGCGGGGUGGAACAGUUGGCGGAAGGUGUCUGGUGUUCUAUGUGACAGAAGAAUCUCCGCCAGGAUGAAGGGCAAAGUUUAUAAAACAGUGGUGAGGCCGGCCAUGAUGUACCGAUUAGAGAUGGUGGCACUGAAGAGCAGAACUGGAGGUGGCAGAAAUGAAGAUGUUGAGGUUCUCGCUCGGAGUGAGCAGGAUGGAUAGGAUUCGAAAUGAGCUCAUCAGAGGGAUGGCCAAAAGCCAAAGUUGGAUGUUUUGGAGACUAAGCUCGGGAGAGCAGACUUGGAUGGUUUGGACGUGUCCAGAGGCGAGAGAAAGAAAACGUUGAUGGAUGUUGUGAGGGAGGACAUCAGGACAGUGGGUCUACCUGUAUACUGUGUUUUCCUUCCUCUCCCAAGUUAUUAUCCAUCCAUUUUCUUUGCUGCUUAUCCUCAGGAGGGUCACAGGGAGUGCUGGAGCCUAUCCCAGCUGUCAACGGGCAAGAGGCGGGGUACACCCCGAACUGGUCGCCAGCCAAUCGCAGGGCACAUAGAGACAAACAAACGGCCGCGCUCACAAUCACACCUAGGGACAAUUUAGAGUGUCCAAUUAAUGUUGCAUGUUUUUUGGGAUGUGGGAGGAAACCGGAACGCCAGUCCCAGGAAACCCCACGCAGGCACGGGGAGAACAUGCAAACUCCACACAGGCGGGGCCGGGAUCGAACCCGAUUCCUCAGAAUUAUGAGGCCAACAAUUUACCAGCUGACGCACGGUGCCGCCCAAAUGGUCAUGUAUGGUAGAAUUUGCUUAAUUGAAUGAGAAAUACUUAGUACAAUAUUUGUCAAACAUAGGUUAUUGCUACAUUUAAUCACACCUCAUCAUAGUAAAGCAUAUUUUAGAAGUUCAAUUUGUUUGAAAUCUGUAAUUAAAAUGAGCAACUGACAUUAAAUGUA